GAAAAUUCUUAACGGAUCACUCUAAGAAAAAUAUAUGUAAUGUUUCUAGACAUAACCAAGAAACGGACAGAACAGAAAUUUAUAACGAGAAAUUGAAUUGAAUGCAGAGAGAGAAAUCAACCUCCUCCUCUGGCCUACCCGAUCCCUUCAUUUCUAUGCUUUUUCGUUUUCGCUUUCCAAUCUCGUGGUGCAAAUGCCCACACCGCCACAAGUUUGAUAGAGACUUUUACAGCGAGAAAUUCGAUUCUCUUUUUAUAGAGAGAAACUCCAGAUUUUUAAUUCCCAAUCUUUUGUACACAAGCCAUUAACUCAUGCCUUCAUUUUCCCUCUUUUGGAACUGAUCCCCAAAUCUUAAUUUCCUCAUCUCUCUCUCAUUCUAUAGAUUCUUCUAUUUCACUGAGAAUUCUGACUUGUAUUCCUUGGGAAAAUGGGAUUGGUUUCUGGGAUCUUUCUGGGGAUGAUCUUUGGGAUAGCGGUUAUGGCGGGAUGGAAGCACAUGAUGAGGUACCGAAGCACCAAGCGAGUUUCCAAGGCAGUUGAUAUAAAACUCCUUGGGUCCCUAAACAGGGAUGAUUUGAAGAAAAUAUGUGGCGAUAAUUUUCCUGAAUGGAUAUCAUUUCCUGUCUUUGAGCAGGUGAAAUGGCUGAACAAACAGCUGAGCAAAUUAUGGCCAUUCAUUGCAGAUGCAGCUACAAUGGUGGUUAAAGAAUCUGUUGAACCACUAUUGGAAGACUAUCGACCACCAGGGAUUACAUCAUUAAAGUUCAACAAAUUUUCUCUUGGAACUGUGCCACCCAAGAUUGAAGUUAAUGCAGGUAUCCGAGUUCAGAGUCUCAAGAAGGGUCAAAUCACUAUGGAUAUUGAUUUCCGAUGGGGCGGUGAUCCAAGCAUCAUUUUAGGUGUUGAAGCUGCACUUGUUGCUUCUAUACCCAUUCAGUUGAAAGACCUUGAAGUUUAUACUGUUAUUCGGGUUAUCUUCCAACUUGCUGAGGAGAUACCAUGUAUUUCUGCUGUUGUUGUUGCUCUACUUUCUGAGCCGAAGCCUAAAAUUGAUUAUGUUCUGAAAGCUGUUGGUGGAAGCUUAACAGCCAUUCCCGGACUAUCAGAUAUGAUUGAUGAUACCGUGCAUUCAAUUGUCACAGAUAUGCUUCAAUGGCCUCACAGGAUUGUUGUUCCAAUUGGUGGUAUACCUGUUGAUACAAGUGAAUUAGAGCUUAAACCACAAGGAAAGCUUACAGUGAUGGUAGUGAAAGCAAAAGAUUUGAAGAACAUGGAAAUGAUUGGAAAAUCCGAUCCCUAUGUGGUUUUAUAUAUUCGGCCAGUAUUCAAGGUUAAAUCAAAUGUUGUUGAGAACAACCUCAAUCCUGUUUGGAAUCAAACAUUCGAGCUGAUUGCUGAAGACAAGGAGACUCAGUCGCUUAUUCUUGAGGUCUUUGAUAAGGAUAUUGGGCAAGACAAGAGAUUGGGAACAACAAAAGUGCCUUUAAUUGAGCUGGAAGCAGAAACUUGGAAAGAACUGGAGUUAAGACUGCUGCCAUCUCUUGACAUGUUGAAAAUCAAGGAUAAGAAGGAUAGAGGAACUCUUACAAUUAAGAUCUUGUACCAUGAAUUUAACAAGGAGGAGCAAUUGGCUGCUCUAGAAGAAGAGAAAAGGAUCCUAGAAGAAAGAAAGAAGCUAAAAGAAGCAGGAGCUAUAGGGAGCACAAUGGAUGCACUUGAUGGAGCUGCAUCGCUGGUGGGUACUGGUAUUGGUGCUGGAGUCGGGCUUGUGGGAACUGGCGUUGGUGCUGGAGUCGGGCUUGUGGGAACUGGCGUUGGAGCUGUGGGCAGUGGCCUUGGAGCUGUUGGCAGUGGCCUAAGCAAAGCAGGGAAGUUCAUGGGCAGGACAUUCACUGGGCAAUCCAGCAAGAGAAGUGGCUCCACAACUCCAGUGAACAGUGUGCAAGAAAAUGGUGGGGCGAAGCCUCGGUAGCGCACUAGCAGAAUUAUAUGUGAAUUACACUUUGGUUUGCAUUACUAUGACCUUAGGUUGAGAGGAGUUAUUUUGCGCUCUGUUACAUAGUGUUUUUUCCAGUAUUUUCUCUGUUAAUUUGGCACAGAAUGUCUUUCUCCAUUCUAGUUUCAACUGCAUUUUCCUUGUCCAAUUCAUGUUCUACCAUACGUUGAAUUGAUAGCAGAUGUUUAAGUGAACGUGUACAAGCAAACAUGAUUCUCUCA